GUGCGGCAAGUCGUGGAUGAAGGAGGAGUCAGCGCGCUGUGCAAUUAGGAAUCAAGAGUAGAACACUGGUGGUGAUUUUUAUUUAGAGAGUCAUAUGAAUUAUAGCGAUUUUUUUGAUACAUACUAGCUUUCAUUUCAUCUUCAACGAAAGACGGAAACAAGAUAGUUGUACUGAUUUCGUCACUUCUUAUUGUACGUGGUGCGCGAACUUUUAAAUUAAGAGUACUUUUAAGUCUCGCGGCGGAUUUUCAGUGGCGCGCCAGCUGGAUCUCCUGAUGGAAGUGAGGAUGGAGCGAGGCCUAUGGAAGGUAUUGGGAGAUAAUACGCAGGUAGAUCAUCAGGUUUAAGGAGUCAGAAGGUGGUAGACGUAGGUAGGCCAUCAUGAUGAUGAUGAUGAUGGUGAUGAUGCUCAUAUGUUACGUUUCGCCAGUCAUGAUCAAUACCAAUUAUAGGUUGUCUAUCGAACACUUAAUUUUGACACUACUAAAUCGCUUAUAAAUGUAGUUUGACCACUAUCUAUCAUCUAUCAUGUAUGUGCUACAACUAUCGCAGCUUCGAUCCGCGAGUUGGUUGCAAAUGUUCAGAAAUGGACACAGCGUGAACACGAAAAGAAGCUAGAGGAUAUCUCUGCAGCAGGUGACGGAGCAGAUUUGGAGGCGCGGAGAAAUUUUCUGCGGGAAUUGAGUAUCGAUCGAAGAAAGCGUGGGCAAGAGAUAGCGUUUGGGAGAGGAAAAAACGAGGAAAGCGUAAAGGAGACUAUCGAAAGGAAACUAUUUCCUCCUAGUAGUAGUACGAGUGGUGUAGGUG